GGUAUCAAUGAUUUUUGAGAUCCAUAACAUUAUUGUUGUCUUUCUUCAAAAAUCGGGAGCAAAAUUUAAUGUCUUGUGUCCUGAUUUGAUCUGGAUGUUGAACUAUCUCUUCCUUUGGUCAAUUGUGAUUAAUUCAUCUGUCAGUGCUAGUGCUGUAUUUAAUAGAAUUGAUUCUAUUGGUUUUAAAAUUUUGAGUGACAUUAAAGAUAUGGAUACUGAAAGCUUUCAUUUAAUUAAAGCUCAUUUGAAGAAAAUUAGAAGAUCAAGGAGACAUUUUGGCACUGCCUUCUUUGACAUUGACUGGAGGCUGUUAUUUGGGUGUUUUUCAACAAUAUUAACAUACAUAAUCAUCACUGUUCAAUCUGAUAAGUCAAAGUAUAACGCACCUUCUAAUUUUACAAGUUUAUUUUAGGCAUCAAC